UUUUUUUUUUUAAUCCGAGUGUGGAGAGAGCACAUACACACUCUCUCUGCUGUCAGAGAGCCUUCAGUCUCCACCUGGAACCGUCCGCCUUAUCGCUUGCGAAAACGGCAACCUUUUGUCUUUCCCCGUUGCUUUUGACGAGCAUCGUCCCACUUUGGAGAACCAGGUCAUCUUGCACACAAAAAAAAGGGGCCCUGAGGAAACAAUAACCGCAGGGGCUCCUCCGACCCGCAGCGUGUGGACCACAUUGCGUGAAGAGGCUAAUGCCCGCCGAAGUGUGGUCAGGGCCAGAGGAGGAUGAGUCCGGCCGUCGAGGCUGAGGCCCAGCGAGCCAAGGUUGCGGAGAUGCAGCAGCAGCAACGCCCGCAGUGCUACACGGAGAAAGGGGUCAUACUUGAGCCCUUCAUCCACCAGGUGGGGGGGCAUUCGUGCGUCCUGCGCUUCGGCGAGCAGACCAUCUGCAAGCCGCUCAUCCCCCGCGAGCAUCAGUUCUACAAGAGCCUGCCGGCCGAGAUGAGGAGCUUCACCCCGCAGUACAGAGGUGUCGUGUCCGUGAGCUUCGAAGAGGAUGAAGAAGGGGACCUCUGCCUCAUCGCCUACCCGCUCCGCAGCGACCCGGCGGCCGACCUGGAGAACAAGGACCCCUCGGCCGACAGUGAGCCCAAGAGCAAGAUGCUCAAGUGGAGCAAAAUGACGGCGUCCUCGCCCCUGGCGGAGAACGAUAACCUCAGCAAAGACGGGCGUGGUCGCCACUCCCGCAAAGAUAAGAGCGCUCACAAGCUGCUGGAGGACGUGGAGCUGGAGUGGCUGCAGCAGGCCGAGGUGCUGUACUACCGCCUGGAGCACAGCCACAGCAAUGCUGUGCCGCAGCUCAAACACAACCCUUGGAGCCUCAAGUGUCACCAGCAGCACCUUCAGAGGAUGAAGGAGAACGCCAAGCACCGGAAUCAAUACAAAUUCAUCCUGCUGGAGAACCUGACGUGGCGGCACACAGUGCCGUGUGUGCUGGACCUGAAGAUGGGCACUCGGCAGCACGGAGACGACGCCUCCGAGGAGAAGAAAGCCGUGCAGAUCCGCAAGUGCCAGCAGAGCACGUCGGCAUCGAUAGGCGUCCGACUCUGCGGCAUGCAGGUGUAUCAGUCGGACACGGGCCACCUGAUGUUCAUGAACAAGUACCACGGCCGCAAGCUCACCUCGGAGGACUUCAAGGAGGCGUUGCUGCAGUUCUUCCACAGCGGACGCCGCCUGCGACACGAGCUCCUCUCCCCGGUGCUGCGUCGCCUCAGAGACAUGCAAGCCGCGCUGGAGGCCUGCGAGUCCUACCGCUUCUACUCCAGCUCCCUGCUCAUCAUCUACGACGGGGCGCCACACCGCAAACACACGCGCCGGCGCACCGAGAGCGGCCUCUCGGAGGGAGACGAGGAGGAGGACGACGAUGAGGAGGAGGAGGACGCUGAUCCAGAACUGGAGGAGGAGGAGGAAGUAGCGGGCGCUCUUGAUUUCCCCCGCCGUCCCUCCUCAUCAGGGGAUGACAGCAGCAGUUGUUCUAGUAGCAGCAGCAGCAGUAGUAGCAGCAGUAGUAGUAGCAGCAAUGGCGGCAGCUGCAUGUCCCAUUCAAGCCCUCGCAGCCCCACGGUGGACGUGAGGAUGAUAGACUUUGCUCACACCACCUGCAGACAUUACUGCGAGGACAGCGUGGUCCACGAGGGCCAGGACAGCGGCUACAUCUUUGGCCUCCAGAACCUGAUCGCCAUCAUCUCCGAGCUGGAGGACCACCGCUCGGGCUAGACCGAGUUGUCCGUCACACACACACACACACACGCACACACUCUUGUAUUUCUUACCUUCUUGAGACCUCCGAAAAAUGCCUACCUCUUUAGGACCAACCUUUUCUAGAUAUAAAAAGAUUUGUAUUUACAAUAUUAAUAAUAUAUACAUUCUAUGCAAAUAUGAAAAAGGUAAGCUUUUAGUUAAAUUUUUUUUUUUUUUAAAUCUUAAUUAUUCACUUCAAGUUAUUACAGUAUGUCUCGAUAACAUAUUUAUUUUUAUUUUUUUUAAUUAAUUUUGGCCAAAGGGGCCGCAUUUCAAUUUCUUACACACACUUGUUAUUUCAUAUGUUGACCAGAGGGGGAGCACUUUUGAAACCGACACACAGUCCAUUUGAAAAAUCCCUCAUUUUGACAGAUUUCACCACCAGGGGUGCAAAUGAGACAUACGCUAUUAGAUGCAAUGGUUAUUAGUAUUGGGACCAUAAAAGGGACAAGCGGUAGAAAAUGGAUGGAUGGAUGGAUGGAUGGAUUUAUGUCCUAACUUGUUCACCGGUCCUCAUAUGGAAGCUACUUUUCCUUGUUGAUGUCUCAAGAAGGGUAGAAAUACAACAACAACAACACACACACACACUUACACACACUCUUGUAUUUCUGACCUUCUUGAGACCUGAGAAAAAUGCCUACCUCUUUAGGACCACCCUUUCUAGAUAUAUAAAGAUUUGUAUUUACAACUUUAAUAAUAUAUACAAACCAGGCAAAUACGAAAAAGGCAAGCUUUUAGUAAAAAAAAUUUAUUUUGAAUUUUUUGUUUGUAAAUGGUUUUUAGUCUUACUGUAAUAACUUGAAGUAAAUAAUUAUGUCUCAAUAUACAUACUUAUUUUGAAGAAGUUAAUUUAACUUACUGAUGUGUAUUUCUAUAGGCUAGUAAGGUAGGCUGCAGAAGCAAGGUAGCCGAAACUUGUCAGGUACAAAACUUUACCUUACUAGCCUAUAUAAAUCAACCAUUUAUAAACAUAUAUAUUUUUUAAAUUUUUAUUUAAUUUUGGCCAAAGGGGCCGCAUUUUUUUGAAUAUUUUGUUUGUAAUUGGUUUUCUAAUCUUCAUUAUUCACUUCGUUAUUACAGUAUGUCUCGAUAACAUAUUUAUUUUAUUUUUUUGAAUUAAUUUUGGCCAAAGGGGCCGCAUUUCAAUUUCUUACACACACACUUGUUAUUUCAUAUGUUGACCAGAGGGGGAGCACUUCAAAAAAAUGUUACACACGUAUUUCAUAUGUUGACCAGAGGGGGAGCACUUUUAAAACCGACACACAGUCCAUUUGAAAAAUCCCUCCUUUUUGGGACCACCCUCGUUUUGAUAGAUUUCACCACCAGGGGUGCAAAUGAGACAUUCUCUAUUAGUUUCCCUAAUUUUCCAUGAUUUCGGCCCUAACUUGUUCACCGGUCCUCACAUGGACGGUACUUUUCCUUGUUGAUGUCUCAAGAAGGGUAGAAAUACAACAACACACACACACAAAACACAUUCUUGUAUCUGUGACCUUCUUGAGACCUUCCGAAAAAUGCCUACCUCUUUAAGACCACCCUUUGUAGAUAUAUAAAGAUUUGUAUUUGCUACAUUAAUAAUAUAUACAUACUAUACUAAUAUAAAAAAGUAGGCUUUUAAUUAUUUUAUUUUUUAUGUAUAUAUAUUUUUUUUGUAAUUGGGUUUUAAUCUUCAUUAUUCAAUUUUUUACAGUAUGUCUCUAUAUACAUAUUUAUUUUAUUUUUUUUAAAUUAAUUUUGGCCAAAGGGGUUGCAUUUCCAUUUCUUACACACACUUGUUAUUACAUAUGUUGGCCAGAGGGGGAGCACUUCAAAUUUUUCCUCACACUUGUUAUUUCAUAUGUUGACCAAAAGGGGGAGCACUUUUAAAAGCGACACACAGUCCAUUUGAAAAAUCUCUCCUUUUUGGGACCACCCUCGUUUUGAUAGAUUUCACCACCAGGGGUGCAAAUGAGACAUUCUCUAUUAGUUUUCCAUGAUUUCGGCCCUAACUUGUUCACCGGUCCUCAUAUGGACGCUACUUUUCCUUGUUGCUGUCUCAAGAAGGGUAGAAAUUCAAGAACACUACAUCUGACGCUUUGACGCCCACUGGGCAACAGAAGAGGAGCAAAAUUCCACUUCCUGUUUGGGUUUAGUUGGCGCUCUACAAUGUUCCGUGCUGUCUGCUGUUUGUUUUAGCGUUGAAAGAGUCACUUUCAACACCCGGGGGGGGGGAAAAGGGUCGCUUGCAAAAUAAAUCUGAGGAAGGAUGAUUUCCAAAGAGAGUUGGCACUUAAACACAUUCAGUGUAUGCAGCUUGAAUAAUCAUCUUUGACUUCCAGAGGCUAUAUUCCUAUCAAGCUAGAGACAUAUUUAUUUAUUGGACUAAGUCUCGUCGAGUCAACUAACGCUUCAAAUGUAAGAAGGGAGAUCGCUACAUUCCACGUUAUUACUAUAAUGAUAUUCAUUGAUCUAUGUUUGGAUACCUCUAUCUUGCAUAUCUGUUUUGUCCAGUUUCAUGGGGGAAGAAUAAAGACUUUUGGUUUGUGUUAA